AUGGGUUAUGUGCAUGUGGAAAUUUUGGGGAAUGUUCAAUUUACAGGGGAGACUCUGCCGAAAUUUUGGCAGAAAGUCUCGUACCCUAAAUCCUCUCUGGUAAAAGAGGACAUAGUUUUAAGGAGUGAACCCGGCGUGGGUGUGAUGCCGGGGUCUCCGCAGGGUUCGUCUCGAGUUCCGGGAAAUUCGGGGGGGGUCCUUUGUGGGAGCAUGAUGGGUUCCGUCACAGGACGUCCUCAUUUCGACGCAGAGGACUCUUUGACAUGGAUGGAUUUAGGGUAUUGA